GAAACGAAAACCUUAUCGUAUCUCUGAUUUAUGCAAAUCUUUCAAGGCUCAGCAUGCCUCCGUGAGUAGGAGGAAAAGGGAAGAAAUCAUUUUCCAAGAGGGAGGUGCUAGGAAGUCAGUACCGUGUCAAAGUUACUGUACAACAUUAACGGGAGUUUUAAGGGACUCCUGCUAACAAACGGGACGCGAGCAGAAAGAGACGACCAGUGGAGUCAGUGUAUGAUUAUCACCCUAAGGCUGUGUAACACGUCUUCUAUGCUGCUGAAAAGAGGCCCAGAUGCUCCAGGAUGGAUCAGGCACUUCCCAGCCAGAGUUCAGCGUCGGACCUGCUCGAACCAGACAGCGAGGAGCUCCAGCUCAGAGUGGACUCCUUCAGGAAACUGGGUUACUCCUCAGCAGAAGUGAAGGCUGCUCUGAGGAAGCUGGGCCUAAACACAGACACCAACUCGGUGCUGGGAGAGCUGGUUCGCAGCAGGACCAUCGCUGCACCCUACGUGUCCAGUUCUGACAGCGAUGAGAGGAGCACAGGCCAAAAGGACCCGCUGCUGCCUCCCAGUUGGACUCUUAGACCCUGCAGAAUCAUACCACAACUCGGGGAUCAGAAGAAUACAAACACAGAAUUGAGGCCUAUUGUUAUUGACGGCAGCAAUGUUUCCAUGAGUCAUGGCAACAAGGAAGUGUUCUCAUGUCAAGGCAUCCAGCUUGCAGUGAAUUUCUUCUUGGACAGAGGUCAUAAUACCAUUACUGUGUUUGUACCCACUUGGCGCAAAGAGCAGCCCAGACCUGAUGCCCCAAUAACAGAUCAACACAUCUUGCUAGAGCUUGAAAAACGGAAAAUAGUGGUCUUCACUCCAUCGCGCCGUGUUGGUGGUAAGCGAGUGGUUUGCUAUGAUGACCGCUUUAUCGUUAAGUUGGCGUAUGAGUCGGAUGGAGUGAUUGUAUCCAAUGACACCUACCGUGACCUCCAAGGAGAAAGACCUGAGUGGAAGAAAUGCAUCGAAGAGAGGCUCCUCAUGUUCUCCUUUGUGAAUGACAAGUUCAUGCCCCCAGAUGACCCUCUGGGUCGCCAUGGCCCCAGUCUUGACAACUUCCUUCGGAAAAAACCUCUGCCUACGGAGCAAAAGAGACAGCUCUGUCCAUAUGACAGAAAGUGCACUUACGGCCUCAAAUGUAAGUUCUACCAUCCUGAGCGGUCAAACCAGUCCUACCUGUCCUUGGCUGAUGAAUUGAGAGAGAAAGCCCAGAUUUCUACUGUAAAAGAAGAGAGAAAUGCCAGAUUAUCACCCAGACAGUUUCAGUCUGAUCCUGGGCCUGCUCAUAAUGCCUUUUCCUAUCCUCAAGACUCUAACACAGAGCACAUUAGAGACCAGCAAAGUUCUUCAUAUCCCAGUCAGGUUUGUGAAAAUACACUGCUGUACUGGGAGGAUCCUCGAAAAAGUCCAAAUCAAAUGCCCUGUCCUAUAACAGGGGGCCAGUGUCAGAAAGAGCACUCCAUGCCCAAUCAUUACUAUGCCAACAUCUCUCACGAGUACCUGGAUUCUGGCCUUGGCUCUUAUGAGAGUCAGUUCUCUGACUUUUCACAUUACUCCCACAGGCUCAGGCCCCAGCAGCAAGGUGCCCUCCCUGGACACAGACUUGCCCCAGUGCAUUCAGAGAAAAAAAACACCAGCCAGUCCUGCAGGUGCUGUUCCCAUGUAGUGCCCUCAACAGCUCACCUGCAGCAUAAUGGAAACCCGGACAUCAAGGGUCAACCUAAAUAUGACACCUACCCUCCUCACAUGUUUCCAACUGGUGUGCCACACCAAAACAGCCUCCCCAGCCAUCUCCAUUACAGUGGAGCGCCACAUCAUCAGCAAAAAUACUGGUCAGAUCCCUUUCAGGGGCUGCUCCAACCCAGGACAUCAUGUAGUAUCCCCUCUUCGGUCCAUUCCUCACACUCCCACAACUGCUCUUACAAAGGCCAUCAGUACCACUCCUGGGGCCAACAACAGUCAUCCUCUGCUGCGUUUGACCCACAAAGGUUGGAACUCCGCAAGAAGCUGCAAGCCAUCUUUAACCCUCUUCAGGUGGACACAGUCAUGGAAAUGUUUCCACAUGUGAUGAAUGCGGAGAAACUGGCUGCAGAGAUCCUCAACCUAAAGGCUCAGAGAGGGAUAUUCUGAUAGUUCCUCUGAUGAUUUUCUUCCCUUGCAUCCUCUUCAGUCAGAACUAACAUGAUACUCGUGUUGACUCUCUAUCAUAACAAAUGAGGAAUCUUCUGAGAAGCUUUUAUAGUGUCUAUGGUUGAGUGAUUUGAAAGCUAAUUGAAAAUAUGUUUUAUUCUAUGUAAUGUGCCUUUAAAGAAGUGCAGUUUGCCUUCCUAUGUAUGAACAGUUAAGACAAUCUGUUAUAUGCAUUUGUAUGACAUUGUAGUCAAAUGUUACCUUGCCAUCCAGUGUUUUGGAUGAAAAGUGCCUCUAGACCAAAAGUAGUUAUGACUGAGUUUCUAGAGUUUUGACUGUUGAUGCAUAUUGUGUCAAAUGUGAAAUAUUUUAAUGCUUUUCCCAAAAAUAAGUUCUCAUGCAAUAACGAAUCAUAAAAUAUAUAUAUAUA